AUGGUUAUUCUCACCGGUGACCACGGAAUGAGUGAUCAGGGCAGUCAUGGAGGUAGCUCCUAUGCAGAAUUAACAACAACCAUGCUUCUUAUCAGUCCUAAAUUCAAGAGCCAAGGAGAUUCAGCUUGUGAAAUCGAAGGCAAGGUCUUCAGAACCCAGUCUGAUCAGACAGAUAUAGCCACGAUGCUCGGUCUACUCUUUGGAGUGGGAAUUCCAGCAAAUAGUAUUGGUGUUCCACCAAUUCGAAUUAUUCAAACCUUCUGGCCGGAGCCACUGGAUAGAUACAAAGUCCUCCUCGAAUUAAUUGAACAUCUUCGUUCGCUUACAAAGUGUACUGAUGCAAAUUGCGAAAGCGAAUAUCUAGUUACUAAUGAGAUCAUCAAACUGAAUGCUCUCUACACUGAUAUUGAGACUUUGGUACGCCUAUGCUCAGUAGAUGUAGCGAUACCCCAUCCAACAUGCGCUCAAAUGUCCAUUGACAAAGAGAGAGUGACCUCUCAGGUCGUAAAUCUGCUCACCGCAUUUCAGAGACGAACUCUUCUCCAUACCAAUCGGAGUUCUAGCACAAACCUGGUCGGUUUUCUCUGUCUUCUCAUGGGGGCACUUGCUAUCUCCUUCCUCGUUCCUGGACUAUUUGAUAUUUUCAAUAGGGAGGAGAUUUUAACUCUCAAACCGAGUCAUAGACAGCGAACUCUGGCAUACACAUUUCUGGCCGGGUUUUCAGUAAUAUGCCUAUUCCUGCAUCUUGUCAGUCUUGUAUCAAGCAGUCUUAUUGAAGAGGAACAUCAAACGUGGUAUUUCCUUGCAACAACGAACAUCGUCGCGCUUACUCUGGUUCUUAUACUGAAUGUUAGAGAAGGUGGAAGUACGAGUAGUGGAAUAGGUAAUGUCUUCUGCCUCGUGUGUGUACUUUGUCUCGAUCGUUUCCUCCUCAAACGGCUGAAUCAGACGGGUGACAAAGAGGCCUUUCCGGUUGCGAUGUGGAUUGCCAUUUCAACCGCCUGGCUAGCAAUCGUUUUCGUACGGGCUCUCUUGGUCCCCUCACAUAGCGCUUUCUUUGGAUCGCAUUUUCGAACGAUCAUAACACUCUCUCUGGUAGUUUUCACCCAACUCAUCUACCGCGUGGCCAUACAUUCCACUUAUGUCGCUCUAGCAAUAGAUCUUACAGCCUGUCUCUGGUACUGCAAGCGCCGUUUCGCCUGGUUCAAAAACUCUUGUGAUCCUUACAUCCUCAUCGGGUUCGACGUCACCUUGUGGACUCUGCCCAGUCCCGUCCACAGUCUCGCCUUAUUGGCUUGUCUCCUGGGCCGUUCUACAUCUGUUGUACUAUGGGCCGGUGUGAUGGUUAAAGAGGUCCUAUUAGCUCGAAUAUUCCACACAGAAUUUGGAGUUCUGGGAGCCUCGAGGUCGGUUGCUCGGUCUAAGCUGACUUACUUCAUCGCAGUGUUGUAUUGGAUGGAGGGAUGGGUCACGUUCUUUCAACAGGCAACUAUAAUGGAUCUUUUCGAAGCUGGUAAAAAGGGUAUGUAUCGUUUGAGAAGAGGAAUGGCUUUUAAGGGUAACGCCAACAAGUUCUCGUCAGUUGAUAUGGCAUCAGGUUACGUUGGAUUGUCGGAACAUUCCCACAUUCUUUCUACCCUUCUAGUUUUGAUAUACACUUAUGCGGGACCUCUGUUUUGGUUUCUCUCUCUCUACUUCCGUUUUCUCGUAAAUUAUGGCAAUGAAAUUGAGGCGAGAAGACUUCAUGUGCGCAAUCGUCUUAUAAGUUUCACAUCGGGCUUUAUAACUAUUAGUACUACGGUGUCAGCCAUGAUGUGUCUUCUCAUGCACUCACACCUCUUUAUUUGGUCUGUAUUUGCACCGAAGUUAUUCUUCAAUUCUGCUUACUGUUGUGUUACCAUUCCUGUCCUUAUCUUUAUGCUGACAAGUUGA